AUGUCGGACUACUCUGCAUCGCCGUCCGACCACCACCACGAAAUACCCCCGCCGAAACGCAAGGCCACCCAGGCUGGCCUCGACGGACAUGCCACUGGACGGUCAGUAAAGAGAAGGGCUUCAAAGGCAUGCCAGUGUUGUCGAGCCCGCAAGGUCAGGUGCAAUGUCACCGAGCAUGGCGCUCCGUGCACCAAUUGCAGGUUGGAUGAAGUGGAAUGCAUUGUGUCGGAGAGUAGACGCAAAAAGAAAUGGAGCAAAGACGACGAGCAAAGCGCCGAGAACACCAGCUCGGCGACAAACGCCACGCGCAAACUUGCGUCACGCGACGCCCUGGACAACAGUCAAGCCCUGAACUCUGCCUCAUCGCGUUCGUCACAUGAGGCGGAAUCGCGACGGGACGAACAUGUGCCUCACUCCAUCUAUCAAAACCAUGGACAUCGCGUCAACUCGAUCACGCAUCUUUCCGACUUGCAACGACGCCUAUCUGUUACGUCGCAAAUCAAUGGCCUGCCUACAAUGCCAUUCACGCCCUUCAGCAACGAGAACCGGAUACCCUUCUUCGGCCACCUACCCCGAAAAUCUCCCAUGGCUGAAUUCCCAAGAUAUAUCAAACCACUUCCAGCCAAAAUUGGACCGGAGGAGAUAUCUUACCUUGAGAAAAAGGGAGCCUUGUCAGUGCCAAAGGGAACCCUGCGCAGUGAGAUGCUCCGUGCCUACAUCGAAUUUGUGCAUCCAUAUAUGCCACUCCUCGACUUGCACGACUUCCUGACAGUCAUCGACCGACCGGAUGGAAGCAAAGGAAAAGUGAGCUUGAUUCUUUUUCAGGCUGUCAUGUUUGCGGGCUCUGCGUUCGUCGACAUGCAACAUCUACGCACUGCAGGUUAUGCAACACGAAAAGAGGCGCGCAAGGAUUUCUUCCAAAAAACUAGAAUUCUGUAUGACUUUGAUUACGAGUCUGACCGCGUUUCCCUCGUUCAGGCCCUGCUACUAUUGACAUACUACUAUGAGACACCUGAUGACCAAAAAGACACAUGGCACUGGAUGGGUGUCGCAACUUCAGUGGCUCAUACCAUCGGCCUGCACCGCAAUCCUGACAACACCAACUUGGACAGCAGACGUGUGAAGCUGUGGAAGCGAAUAUGGUGGUCGACAUACAUGCGAGACCGACUCAUCGCGCUCGGCAUGCGACGACCGACCCGAAUUAAGUCCGAGGAUUUCGACGUGCCAAUGCUAACAUUGGACGACUUUGAAGUUGCGCCUAUUCCAGACUCAAUCACUUGCAUUCCGGCAGAUUGUCGCGUCGCCCGGGAUGUCGACGUUCAACGACAACUGGCCAUCAUGUGCAUCGAGAAGGCUAGACUUUGCCUCUGCAUAUCCCACGUGCUCUCGAAGCAGUACUGCGUCCUGAAUAGUAACCACGGUCUACAGAAUGACCGCACAACGAUGAUGCUGCUUCCUAAGAAGCUGGAUCCCGAAACGAGCGAGGUCAAGGUCUGCGACGAUGAGCUUCAAAAAUGGGUCACUGAGCUACCCGAGGAAGCCAGAUAUACAAAUCAACUUUCUGGUGAGGCGACAAUUGACCUAAAUCGGUCACUGCUGCAUAUGGUCUUCUUCACCACUCUAUCCGCGUUACACAGACCUCAGGUUUUGCCCAACUCCCAGGCGGGUCCAGCCAGUACUCCAGCGGCCAACAUCGAGUCCGAUCUCCUCGAUGCCUCUCGCCGCAACGUCCGCCGCGCCGCAUCAGCCAUUACUUCAAUCGCACAGCGUCUCGACGCGGCUGGUCUAGUCAAAUAUCUACCAACAACCGGCGUCACUGUCCUCCUACCAGCCAUCAUCAUUCACCUCCUCGACAUCAAAGCUCCCGAAGAAGAAAACCGCCGGUCCUCUCUCCGCGGCUUCUGCCAAUGUAUGGCUGUCAUGGGCCAACUACGCGAUCUCUACGCAGCAGCCGAUUACUCGGUCGCUUUUCUCGAAGCCGCUAUCCGCAAAGCAGGCAUACAUGUGGCUCCCAUAGCCGCCCACGCGUCGCCAAUGUCCAAACCCUCACCUGUCACAACCGUGGAAGAUCUCGUGGAUGCCGGCAGACGGCUCGACCUCGUCAAUGCAGCGACGACGGCGGGUCAGGCUCUGCACCGCUCGACACUUACCCCGCCGCCGGAUAACGGGACGACGAAUAUGCUUGCGCUUGAGAAACAAUAUGAUGACGAUGUUACAGACGAGGAAGUUGCACGGAGACUGGAAACGUUCCUUGCUUCUACACCUCCUGAGAGCGAUCACGAGCAUAUGCCAAGCAUCACAAUCUCAGAAGAGACGCCCACGGCCAUGGCUACUGCGCACGCAGCAAACGGACACGAUGCCUUGCAUUUCCCAAACAAGUGGAAUUUCCUGGCUCUACCACCGAAUUCGUUCACGAGUAUCGAUCCCCACCAGGACGAUGAAACGCUGUUCUCGAGCCUACCACUCAAUACCGAGUUUGAUGAAGGCGACUUUGACAGUCUACUCAACUUGGACGCUGUUGGAGAGGCUUUCAAUUUUGAAGACCGGACGCUAGACAACAGCCUGAAUAUGAACAUUGCUGGGAUUGGAGAAGUGGACUGGUUGAACACUGGAGAUGCGAGCUUGGCUUGA